AUGUCAGCGGCUCUAAGUGCGAUCGGCGGAGCCCUGCAGCGGGAAUUUCAAUCCUUCAAAUCUCCUCCGGCCAAGGAGGUUUCCGAGGUCCCCAAAGUCGGCGACCAGGCACCCGUCACGCAGAAGCUACGGUUACCCUCGGACAAGCCUUCCGUGGUCGUCUUCCUGCGCCACUGCGGCUGCCCGUUUGCAGAGAAGGCCUUUAAGCAGCUCACCACACUCUCGUCCCGCCACGCCUCUACGCUCCAUUGCGUUGCCGUCUCGCACUCGUCGAAGGAGGUCACGGACAAGUGGAUAGUCGACGUCGGCGGCGAGUGGGAGGUUGAUGUGGUGAUCGACGAGGAGCGCGAUGUCUACGCCGCGUGGGGCCUGGGGCUCUCCAGCGUCUGGUACGCCAUGGGACCCAAGACGCUCUACUCGGUAUAUCGAGCCGGAGUCGAUGAGGGCAUCUGGAAUCGGCCCACCGAGAGCGGCAGCCGGUGGCAGACGGGAGGAGCCUUUGCCGUCGGCGCAGACGGCAAGAUUAUGUGGGCGCACGUCUCGAGCUCAGCCAGCGAUGUGCCGGACUUUGAGGAAGUCGCGCGGUUGCUGGAGGGUGACGAGGAAGUCACGAAGCCUCAACAAACCCCCUCCAACCCUCGCUGCCGCACGCCCGAAAUCCAUCUCCGCCAUCACAUUCGUCUCCCGAGCACGGCGAUCCCAGCUGCCCCAGCACCGAGCAGCGCUUUCGAGAUCGCCAGUGUUACACCUGUCGCAAAAAAGAGGGCUGCCCUGACUCUCCCCUGCCACGAGUGGUCUGCCCCGCUGGCCGCAAUCGACAAUUCACCACCACCGCAUCCAGGACAAGAUAUUGGAUCUCGAGAACCGCAUGCUUCGGUGAUAUCCAGGCAAGACCAAAAAAAGAAGAUGCCUAGUCCAGCCAAGAGGUCUUCACAACGGACCAGGCGCGACUCGCGCAGGGAGCCGAGCACUGAUCGUCCCGAUACCUCGUCGCCCUCGCGCCCUGCCAAGCGCAGAAAGCAGAUUGAGUCCUCGCCCCACGAUACCGUGGAAGAGGAAGGCUCCAGCCUUCUUGCCGACAGCUCAGGAAUCAACCUCAACGAUGAUGUCGUCACCCGAGUCACCAGCCACCUGCACUCGCCAGCCGGCCAGCUCGUACAGUCGAGCCGCGAUCACAGCAACGCUAUACAUGAAGCCAAUAAGGAAGGCGUUCAAGCCUACGCCAAGAUCGCUGCUUGCGACUGGACAUACUACGUCACCAAGCUCAUCGUGAAUAUUGGACGCUCCUCUGAGCCGCAGUCCCAGCAACCCCCUGGCUACGACCCCGAGGACGACGACGAGUACGUCCACAUCGAUCUCGGUCCCAGUAAAAUGAUCUCGCGCCAGCACGCUGUGAUAUUCUUCAACAGCAAGGAUGAGGAGUGGGUGCUGACGGUCAAGGGCCGAAACGGACUCAAGAUCAACGGUCAGCCCCUGAAGCUCAACGAAUCCCAGCCUUUGGUAAGCGGCCAGGUCAUCGAGAUCGGAAACAUCGAGAUGAUGUUUGUACUUCCUCUUGAAACUGCUCCUCUGCGCAUCGACGAGGAAUACCUCCGGCGGGCUGGCCUGCCCAAGACUGAAUUCACUACCAGCCCGAUUCCUGGAUCCCGAAAUCUACGACCUAACUCUGCCGGCGAAUCCUCCAUCAACACUCCGAGGAGCACACUUCCCCGAGGCCAGCCAUUCCAGCAACCCAUAGCGCCUGCACCGCCUGACUAUAAGCGACCGGGCACGCCCCCCUCGGCCCGCAGUCGCGCCACCGUCUCCCAGAAAUCCCCCCAAUUCAAAGAGGCUGGAACAAUGCUGAUGAACCCCAACGAUGUGGACCUGAGUCUGGAUGAGAACAAGCAUCUCAAGCCGCAGUACAGCUACGCGCAAAUGAUCACCCAAGCUAUCAUGAACACGCCUGACGGCAAGCUCAACCUUAGCGGUAUAUACAGCUUCAUCAUGGAGAAUUAUUCCUAUUACAAACACCAGCAGGCUGCUGGCUGGCAGAACUCUAUUCGCCACAACCUCUCGUUGAACAAGGCAUUCGAGAAGGUGCCUCGCUCUACUGAAGAGCCCGGCAAGGGUAUGAAGUGGUACAUUCUCCCAGACUACAAGGACGAUAUGGUCCGAAAUGCGUUCAAGGGAGGUCGUGGCGGCCACAGGGGUUCUUCAAACCCCUCGUCACCGAACCAGCUGAACUACGUCAACCAAGGACCUAAGGAGAUGGCCGCUCGGGACCAUGGUUCAACCAGGAAACGCAAAGUAUCACCAUCCGGAUCACCACAACCUCGCUCCGCCUUACGCGACCCACAAAUGACACCGGAUCGGAGCUCCCGACGCCUUCUGCCGGGUCAGUCGUCGCUGACGGCCGACGGAAGUCCUCUUCCUCGUUCACGCAAACCUGUCCCAAACAGUGCGCCACCGAGCGAGGCAGACACAGCCCCGCGGUCACCCACACUCGCUUCAUCCUACAUGCAGGAGGAAGGGUCGUCAUUUGUCACCCCAGCGCCGCACCGCGUCCAUCCCAAGCUUGCGCCCCCCAGCACAGCCCAGCGACCCAGUCAACAUAUGCCCACGAGCUCUCCGGCUCCCUUCUGGAAGUAUGCUGAUAUUGGAAGCACCCCCUUGAAAUCAGCGCAAUUUGAUCUCAGCCCUUCGCGACCCCUAGCCGGCCUUGUGCAGAGCAGCAGCCCGCCGCCUGCCGCGAACAAGUCGCCUAUUCAGAGCCCCUCGAGACCAAGCCGUGUUGAGCCGCCUCAGCCGGCAGCAGCGCAAGAGGCGCCAAGCGUUCCUGAGGUUGAGGAGGACAGGGGCUUUGACCUGACCAAGGGUUUCCAAAGCAUUGGUUCUUAUCACGCGCCAGUUGGACGAGGUCUAUCUGUGGCGACAGCCAUGAACGGCAAUCCUUGA